AUGACAAUCAGCAGCAACAGUGCCCUGGUAUUGCACAGUCGGUUCAAGAGUAUGACCCGCAGAUUCCGGUUCUCACCCAGAAGACGCCAGUACUGUGUGCUUACCACGGCUGUGAUCCUGCUAAUGGUAGUGCUCGGUGUGGUGGGAUACCUGCUGAGCGGUAUGCACUACUGUUUCGAUGUGCUGGUUGAAUGGAAGAUAUCGAAAAUAUGCAAUCAGUAUUACACGAACGAAAUCACUGGCUACAUGUGUCCGGAGCUGUGUGCCGGUGAUACAAUAUCGGAGUUUCACUGUCCACCGGCCACACGCACAUCGGAGUAUACCUUCAAUCCUAACCGCUUUCUGGCACGUAAAGCUCAGCAGUUUGUGGUGGUUAAGCAUGUGGUGCCGGAUGCUAGUUAUGAGAAACUUUCCUGGAUCGAUAGCCGCCACCAGGAGGAACAUUUCCCAACGGAAACGGAGUACGUUGGCAUUGUGCGGCGGUAUAUCGAGUUGCGGUAUAAUCUGCAGCUACCGUUCGACAAGCUGAACAGCUUGCUGAAGCUGAAGAACAAGAACAAUCACAUUCUGUUUCGGGCCAGCAUGCGCAACAGCUGGAACCUGAUACAGAACAACGAGUACCUGUUGAGCCGGUUGUACGAGGAGCGGGAGAUCUUCCCGCAGGUGAUCGGUACGUGCGGCGAUCUAUUCAUUACCGAGCUGCUCGACACGGUUGAGUUUGAUGAGCGCCGGUACCAUUUCACCAACCACAUCGACCUGUCCAAGUGGCGAUACCAUCUGAAGGUGGCGGUACUGAUACUGGACUACCUGGAGGAUAUGGCGCAGAACCGGUUCCAGAUGUGUUCGGUGCUGUUGGCCGGCUUUGGCAUCAGUGACAGUCGGAUGAAGUAUCACGAUUUGCGGUACAUCACUACGGAAGCAUCGAUCGAUCGGCAGCUGUCGGAUGGACGCUGGUGUGCGGAAGAUGCCGACUGUAGCUAUCACGAUUGUCGCAGCCGUUGCAACACUACCAGCCGCCAGUGUACGACCGGUUUGCUGAACAACAAUCUGCAAAUUGUCUGCGAAAAGAUAUUUCGCGGUACUGCCACGGAACCGGGCAUCCUGGUGACGGAGAAAAGUUCCAACCGUUUGCUGCGCAUUCUGGACCGUUGCGCACAGCCCGUCAGCAGAUCGGACGUGGAUGCCGCACGGCCAUGGGGCGCAUCGAAAACGCUUAAGAAGCAGCUGUACAAUGAGCUGACCAGUAUCUACGAGCAGCUUGCUUCCUCGCUUUACUCCUAA